AUUCCCUCUGAUAUUGUUGUCUUAAAUAAUUAGCUUUCAAUGUUCAAUUUGAAGAGGAAUAUAUUCUAAAGAAGCAAGAAGCACUUACUCAUGCCCGUGCAUACCCAAACACACCAAAAGCCACCUCCUUUGUUUUGCCCAGCUUUACGGUGGUAGCCUACCAUCAGGAAUUUGGAGCGUUGAGAGGAGGGGAGUGUGUGUGUGGGUGUGCGUGUGUGUGCGUGUGUGCAUGUGUGUGUGAAGAAGGCGACUGUCUCCUCCCCUUGUCUCCCCCGCCCCUCGCACCCCGAAUGCCUUUGUGUGCGUGAGGCUCUCUCUGGGAGCCCCGGUUCUUCACGUGAGAAAUUGGUUCGUUUCUGAGCGCUGUAGUUAGUGUGCUUUUGGAAUACAACGUGGCUGAGGGUGUAAGAGACCCGGACGAACCAGAAGGACGCACGAGAAACCUCUGAGUUUCUUUUAAUUCACACGCACGCGAACCGCAGGCAAAAUAACGGAAAAAUUAGAACCUAACUUUGCCUUUACUACAACCUUCAUCCAUUAUUUUCCCUGUAUGUCUCUCACUGUAUCCAUCCUUGGGGAAAGGGAGUAACCUACAAAAGAGGAAGUGUGUAUGUAUGUGUGUUUUGGACUCAGGGUGCGAAAGCAACGAGCAGCGCGUGAAGAUGGAUUAACCGUUAAACGGAAAACUGGAGCAGCACGCGAGACCACGGCGAGGGGGAAGGGCGAGACGGGACUCUGGUAACACACACAACCCGCGGGACAGAGAUUCUGAUUGGACCAACACCAGGAUAAUGACGUCACCCAAAGCCAAAGCCAAGAAGAAACCUCCCAAAGACAGCAUGACACUUUUACCAUGCUUUUACUUUGUGGAGCUUCCUAUCGUCCUCUCCUCUCUUGUGUCUCUUUACUUUCUGGAGUUGACCGACCUGUUGUCCCCGGCAACCCCUGAGUUCCGUUGCUUUGAUCGCGACCUGUCGUUGCCCUACCUGGAGACAGGAGACGAACUUAUCCCUCUUCUGAUGUUACUGAGUCUGGCCUUCGCAGGGCCUGCUGCCUCGAUCAUGUUGGGUGAAGGGCUGAUGUACUGUCACCAGUCCAGAGUCAAACAGAGGAAAGCUGAAGGCUCCAUCAAUGCUGGAGGUUGUAACUUCAACUCCUUUCUGCGGAGGACGGUCCGCUUUGUCGGUGUUCAUGUAUUUGGUCUCCUGGCAACUGCCUUGGUUACAGACAUUAUCCAAUUGGCUACCGGUUACCCUGCCCCUUUUUUCCUGACGGUCUGCCAGCCCAAUUAUACGCUGCCUGGGAUAUCAUGUGACCAGAACAACUACAUCACACAGGACAUCUGCUCUGGCAAAGACCUGUAUGCCAUUCUGUCAGCUAGGAAAACAUUUCCAUCCCAGCAUGCAACUCUCUCUGGCUUCGCUGCUGUCUACAUCUCUAUGUAUUUUAACAGUGUAAUCAGCAGUAGCACUAAGCUGGUGAAACCAGUGCUGGUGUUCAGCUACUGUCUGGCUGCAGGUGUAGCCGGACUGACUCAGCUUACACAACACCGCUGUCAUCCCAGAGAUGUCUACGCGGGUUACGCCCUAGGAGCUGGCGUUGGAGUCUACCUGGCUCUGUAUGUAGUAGGCAACUUCAGGUUGUCCGAGGAGGACUGCCCCCCCCGGCCUCUCCGGCGGGCCGCCUCCCCACCACAACAGCAGAGGGAGGUGACACGGGGGCUGGCCCAGAGAAGACAGAGCUCCCAGCAGCAUGACUCUCUGUAUCGCUCCAAGACUCCCAGGACGUCGAACAGCAGGGAGGAGCUGGGCACUGGUCGCUGUAAGGUGCGGAGAGAGAAGUCCAGUGUAGCGUCCCUGAAGAGGGCCAGUGCUGACGUGGAACUCCUGGCUCCCCGCGGCCCCAUGGGAAAGGAAACCAUGGUAACAUUCAGCAAUACUUUACCCCGUGUCGCCAACGGCAACAGCAGCACCUCGCCUCCUGGAGACGACCCUUCCGGCCAACGUCACAUGACCUUUCACCUGCCUUUCGACCCCUGCCGGUCACAGCAAAGGGUCAGACCUCCACUGGUGCUGGAGUGGAGACAGCAACCCCCUGUGGAGAGACGGAGCGAAGACGAGGGAGGGGUGGACAGAUCUGGAGAAGGGGAGAUAAGAGCAGGCAGAGGGGGUGAGGCAGGGAUGAAUCCUCCCUCCCUCUAUCCCACUGUACAGGCAGCCAGUAGAGCCAUUGCCAUGGCUACCACAGCGCCAGCUCCUCUGGUGCAUAUCCCUGAGGAGGGGACUCGACACCCCCCUUCUGUCUCCCCGCUGCCUCCCUCUGUCUCCCCCCUCCCCCCCUCUGCCUCCCCCCUGCCUCCCUCUGUCUCCCCCCUGCCUCCCUCUGUCUCCCCCCUGCCUCCCCCUGUUUCCCCUAAGAGUGCAGUGACCCGCGCCAAGUUGAUGUCACUUAACCGGGAGGGGCCUAUCCCUGUGACGACCCCUCGCGUGCCCACCCUGCCGCCCAAUCAACCGCGAGUGGCCCAGGUCAUUGCCAUGUCGAAGCAGCACGGACCAAUCGCGUCCUCUGUCAAGAGCUCGGACUCCACGUCUUCCUGCGGGGGAGGGUCUUCAACGGCAAGCUCCGAUUCUCCGUACUACCGGAUGCCGUCCGAUCGCGACAGCCACGCCGGGAGUGUUAGCGGCAGCGUGGUCACCAUCGACGCUCACGCUCCUCACCACCCUGUGGUCCGGGUGACAUCCAGCGGCGGACCCGGGAGUAACGGAGCCCCGUGGGAGUGGAGGAACACCAUCAGCGGGAGCCUAGGGAGCGUUGGUGAGCAGGGUCAGAGGGGGUCACUGCAGCGCCAGGAGAAAAUCUCUGCGUCGGAAUACCGGGAAUACCGCACCCUCCCUGUGAAAUCGGACUCCAUUUGCUCCUCGUCUCCCAGCGAGACAGAUUCUGGGCCCCUGCCUCCCCCUCCUCACCCUAUCUCCUCUCCACUCCCCCCGCUUCCACCCUUCUCGUCCUCCCCCCUGCCUCCGCCUCCUCCCACCUCCUCCGCCCCACUCCCUCCCCCUCCUCAGCACUCCUACUCCCCCCUGCCUCCCCCUCCUCAUCCAGAUCUGCUGUUGGAUGCUCACCCUCUGCACCGCUCAAUGACGCUCCCCCGCCGGCCCACGGUCUCUGCCCACAGCCACGCCGACCAAGAGGUCUAUUACAAGACCAUGCAGACAGAGAGGAGGUUAUAACGCGACCUAGAAGACUAACACUGCUUAACUCUGCAGACUAAGCACUAUAAAGAUGACUGAGAAGAAUUAGAAGGGACAUUGAAGGGUUAUAGGGGGUCAUAGUAUACCUUACAGAGCAAGAGAUUACCUAGAGAGGCAGAGGAAGUUAUUCAAUGUGGCGAGAGGCAAGUGACUAUAUAAAUAGGUUGGAGUUGGUUUUAACUGAUAAUGUAGCCUGUUCAACUGUCACUGUCACUUAUAACGACAUAGGAGUUACAAUAAGAAAUAAUUCUAAGGCCAACAGAGAAUCCAGAAGAAACCAAAUGACUGGUCAACGCGAUGUGGCAGACAGGGGAGGUGAACAGGCUACUUUAAGUCAUGGUCUAACAAUCUAACAAUGGAGGUUAUAAGGAGAAAAACUCAAAGUCGAAUAGUAGACGUGGACUGCGUCAAAUCAUAAGGACUUCAGGAGCGUGGAGACGGCAUCAAUAUAGACAAAAAAGAUAGCGGGAACACUAGCAGCUCUAACGUUGGGGUUAACUCUACUACCAGCUUCAUUUACUACCCACGGUGCUGUUGUGUAUUUAGGACCUCUCUCUGGUGUCCUCUCCACUUACUGACUGUUGUAAAGAGAGGGGGGGGGUACUGUGGAGAUGACAAGAGGAAGCAGCGAAAGGAUUACUACAUUAUACAAAGAUGGAGAUAAAGACCAGAGGGGAUGAUUGGCUUAACAUUAUGGACAUACACACACCCACACACACACACACACACACACACACACACAUACACACACACACUGAACAAAACUAUA